AUUCUGGCGAGAAGCUCAUUGUGCCCAAAGCCAAUCAAAACUCUCCGCCUGGACCAAAAGACAUCCAAACUAAAGCUCCUUUCUUCCCCCGCAUGUCGCCUGUAGGCUCUAGCCUCUAAUCGCUGCAAAUAAUAUACAAAUACCGACCCACCUUCCCUGACGGUCAACGAACGAAUACAGCUUCUCCUUGGAGCUCGUUCGUCCCAGUUCUCGUCUCUCUGCACUCCACCAAUUAGGAUUUCUCUGCAACUGAGCAACCAUGAGUUUCUCAGUUGCACAGGGUUUUACCAAGUCCAUCGCCAUGACUGUAGUUUCGGAGAUCGGCGACAAGACGUUCGUCGCUGCUGCGAUCUUGGCAAUGCGUCAUCCAAGGAGGCUUGUCUUGUCAGGUUGCCUGGCUGCUUUGAUUGUGAUGACCAUUCUCUCUGUAGUUGUUGGUUGGGCUGCUCCAAAUCUAAUCUCUCAUAAGUGGGCUCAUCACAUAACAACCAUUUUAUUCUUUGUAUUUGGGUUCUGGUCUCUAUGGGAUGGGUUCAAUGAAAAAGGGGAGGCUGAGGAAUUGGCUGAAGUUGAAGCUAAAUUGGAUGCUGAUUGGAAGGCUAAUACAGGAUCAACAAAAGAUGCUAGCAAGGAUGAUGAUGAAUUGAAAAAGCAGAGACAGCCAGUACUUGCACGGUUCUUCUCACCUAUCUUUUUAAAGGCCUUUUCUAUUACCUUUUUCGGUGAAUGGGGUGACAAAAGCCAGCUAGCUACCAUUGGUUUAGCUGCAGAUGAGAAUCCAUUCGGUGUUGUUCUAGGUGGAAUCAUAGGACAAGCAUUGUGUACUUCCGCUGCUGUUGUGGGAGGAAAGAGCUUUGCAUCACAGAUAUCUGAGAAAAUAGUUGCGCUCUCUGGUGGAGUUCUUUUCAUUGUUUUUGGAAUUCAAUCCUUUCUUUCAACAGUUGAUUCAUGAUGGCUACUAACCUGCUAAGUGAACAAAGCUGGUUUGGCAUUUUGAAGAGCAGAUGCAAUUUGGCAUGGCUAGAGUGAGACUGUCAUUCUUGAAGCCGAAGCAGUAUAAUAGUUUCACUGAGCCUAAGUACUGGCGAGAUUGAUGUUAUAUUUUUUAAUUUGGUGGUUAAUGAAUUGUUGCAUUUGCUUGUUUCUUGACGUGCUAAAAGCUGUAAACUUCUGCUGGAUAAAUGUAUUUUGAUAUGUGUUGGAGUA